CCAGUGCAGAUCGCGCCUUGUGUAGUACGAGACAGCUUCCCUAAGCUGUGUUAACAGAAGAGACGAAGAGUCGACACUCGACAGUGGUCGUUCAGCCAGAAGCUGACAACAGCUUACGUGCUGCUCUAUCGAUCCUUUUUUAAAUUAACGUGCUUGUGUGCAUUGCUGCCAACCGUGUUUAGUGCCCAAGUGUUGUGUCCUCACCGGUGAUAUACAAAAACAGAUAGUGGCGUGUAAAGCGUCAGAGAAAACAGCGAAUAUCGAGUGUAUUUUGUCAAAACCCAUCUCCAGAGCAUAAACAUCCUUGGUCCCGGCUAUAUUUAGCCUUGCUUUUUUUUGUUUUAAACGUUGAAUAACUUGUUUGUUAACAACUUUUCGACCAGAGCUCGUUCAGCUUAUAUUUCUCUCCCUCUACUUCCACCUCUGUUGGGGGAUGACUGGGAAAUAAAAUAGCACUUUUGGUGUUUUUUUUCCCUCUUCUUUCUUUCUCUCUCUCUCUCCCUCUCUCUCUUCUGGGGCUCUCUUCUUCUUCUGCCUCCCUUGUUCUCUUCUGUUUCGACGACGAAAAAGAGGGGUUAGAGGGAUAGCCCGAUUUGAGGUAUAUAAAUAUAUGCAAGACACAGUGCAGGACACAGCAGGGGAAAAAGAAAACAUGCCCCAAAGAAUGCCUGGGGCAUGUCAAGGUGAAGGUGAUUGCCAAUGCCGUCAAUAGGUCGAUCCUUGAUCUGCAUGAGUGGCUGAACUUGGAACGGCAACACACAAAAAAGAAAACAAAAAAAAAAUCGUGUGUGAUCCUCAAAUUUUGUGUCCGGUGGAUUCAGCGACAGCCUCGAAAAAGAGAAGGACGAGGACGUCCACUUCCAUGGCUUUUUCACGGCAUUACCUUGCUGUCUGCUUCGUCUUCUCAGCCGCUAUCCUCACAUCCCUCUCAUCCAUCAGCCAAGAUGGCGAUGCUGUCAAGUGCAACGGACCCGACCAGUUUGCCUGCGCCGACGGAUUACGAUGCAUCCCGGCCAAUUGGCGAUGCGAUAGCUCGCCGGACUGCGCUGACACAUCCGAUGAACCAUCCGACUGUCCGCCACUAACUUGCCAACCGGGACAGUUUCAAUGCGCUGGGAGUGGCCAUUGCAUCCCCAUCAACUGGGUAUGCGACGGUGAAGCCGACUGCGGCGCAUCCAUACCCGGUAUCGAUUCGUCUGACGAGGACCCCGUCAAGUGUCACGCGAAUAGCACUUGCCCCCCGAACAACUUCCGCUGCCCGGAUGGAUCUGGUUGCCGCCUUAUCGCGUCUCUUUGCGACGCGUCGGCCGAUUGCGCCGAUGGCUGGGACGAAGGAGCCUUUUGCAAGAACGUUAGCCAAUGCCAAGGCGCCGGAUGUCAGCACGGAUGCAAGCCGAGCGCUGACGGACCUCUGUGCUUCUGCAAAGAGGGAAGUCAACCUAAUGGAACCGAUUGCAUUGAUGCCGACGAGUGUGCCGUAGAAGGCUCUUGUGAUCAAUUAUGCACCAACAGCAACGGGUCCUUCAGUUGCGAUUGCAUUAGCGGAUACCAGAAAGACGGCCAGCGAUGUCACGCUCUCAAUGAACCUGAAAACGAACUUGCCUCGCUGUUGUUGGUGACUUCGAUCGAUGUGCGCCAUGUCCACCUCAACGGUACCCCCAUUAACGGAGCUAGCAGACACGCCACGGUAGAAACGCAGACUCUGGAAUUUAAUCAUCGCAAUCGUACCGUUUGCUGGCUGUACCACCUCAUUCCCAUGGUUGUCCUACGUUGUGCUCUUGUGGCCGACUUGACCGUUAGCUGGGAUUUGCCACCGCCCACCAUGUUUAGUUUGAAUACUGUCAGCCAAAUUGCAUUGGAUUGGCUAUCGGGUAACUGGUAUUUUCUCGAUGACAACAAGGAACUGAUCUUCUUAUGCAAUAGCACGUUGACUAUUUGCACGACAGUGGUAGAGGUCAAUUUAAAUAAGCCCCGAGCACUGGCCUUAGAUCCUCCUAACGGACUCAUUUUCUUUACGGUUUUUGGCUAUAAUUCGCCACGAAUUGAACGUGCUGCAUUAGAUGGUAGCAAUCGACAAAUCGUCGUCAGCGAUAAAGUCGUUUAUCCCGUAGGUUUGGCACUAGACUUGGCCAACAGUUACAUCUACUGGAUAGAUACAUAUUUGGACGUCAUAGAGCGAGCCAGUUAUGAUGGCUCCAGAAGGAAAACUGUCAAAAAAGGCUAUUUGGUAAGAAACCUCUAUGGCAUCACCUUGUUUGAGAACGAUUUGUACGUGACCAACUGGCGUAAUGAGAGCGUGUAUCGCAUCAACAAGUAUACGGGCGAUUCUGUGCUAGCCUUGAAGAGCAACAAAAGUCGACCGUUUUCCAUCCACGCCUAUCAUCGUCAGCGUCAGCCAGAAGGCAUCAACUCGCCGUGCAAGCUGGCCAACAACAAUUGCCAGCACCUAUGCGUUCCCCUGGGAAAGGAUGGAAAUGCCAGUGGUAAUGCCACCACUCAAGGCAACUCAAAUGCCAUUUGCAUGUGUAAGGCCGGAUAUAAAUCCGUCAAGGAUGGGCGGUGUACCCCCAUUAAACAGGCACAGUUUCUCGUCUACGCCCAAGGAAAACCCUCCAUGAUUAAAAGCGUCGGAUUGAUGCCUGUUGGAUCUCCCGCGUGGCCGUCCACGUCGGGUGAGAGCUGGCACCAACAAGCCAUGGUGCCCAUUACCGAGGUGGGCUUGGUUGGUGCUCAUGACUUUCACGUGGCGUCCCAGUCCAUCUAUUUUUCCGACCGUCUGAGAUUGACGAUCGAACGUCAGAAAAUUGACGGCAGUAGCCGUCAAGUACUUUUGGAGCAGGGAUUGGACUCGUGCCAGGGCCUGGCCAUUGAUUGGAUGAGUCGUAAUAUAUACUGGAGUGACGAAGGGCGGGGAGCCAUCAGCGUAGCCCGUCUUGACAGUUUGGGGGAGACCAGUCUUAGCAAACGGCGUCUGCUCAUUAGCGUACCACACCCGCGUUCAAUCGUCGUCGACCCGAAACGUGGUCUCAUGUACUGGUCUCAGUGGGAGUCGGUCGUCCAGGUCUCAGUACUGGACAUCAACACACCGGCCACUAUCCAGCGUGCCUGGAUGGAUGGCACUCACAUAGAAGUACUGGUCAGACAGAAUUUGCAUUGGCCCAACGGAUUGACUAUCGACUACACGGGCAAGAAGAUGUACUGGUGCGAUGUCCAUCUCGGUCGCAUCGAACGGAUUAAUUUGGAUGGCACCAAACGAGAGCUGAUUGCGUCAGCCUCGGAGAGCCUCCACCGGCCCUACGGAUUAGCCAUCAGCGACAGUUUCCUUUACUGGACGGAAAAAGAUGUCGGGAAAAUCCAACGGCUUUCGUUGAACAACCUCUCCCUACCGAUCGAAACGUUACGCACCGAAAAUCGGGUCCUGUUUGAUAUCAAACUUUUCGACAACACAUCUCAAACAGGAGAGAACAUCUGCAGCUCAAACCCUUGUCCGGAUCUGUGUGUAGUGGUGCCCAAGGGGCAUGUCUGUCUAUGCCGCGAGGGAUUCCAAUCUGAUCCGAAGAACAACCAGUCAUGCACGGUCCCGACCGCCGAAUUGACGACGUGCGACCCUAUCCAAGAGUUCCGUUGCCGUCGAAGUGGCACUUGCAUCGAAAAACGGUUCCUAUGCGACGGAGAUUUCGAUUGUCCCGAUCAAUCGGACGAAGAUACGGCGCCUGGUGGCUCUUGCGAACAUGUCACGUGCCGCAAGGACCAGUUCAAGUGUCGGACUAUCGGCUGCGUUGCAAGGUCAUGGGUCUGCGACGGCGAUCGCGAUUGCAACGACGGGUCAGACGAAGAAGAAUCGCUCUGCCAAAACUCGUCGUGCAACAGUAAUCAAUUUACAUGUCGCCAGACGGGUCGUUGUAUCCCCAAAGUCUGGGAAUGUGAUUCGGAUCAUGAUUGCGGAGCUGGGGAUACUUCCGAUGAACAUGACGGCUGCGCCAAUCAGAAAUGCGGCGUGGACGAGUUUACGUGCGCCAGCGAGAUGUGCGUACCGCUGGAUUUCGUUUGCGACCGCGACGACGAUUGCCGCGACGGGUCUGACGAGAAAAAUUGCCAACACAUGUGCGAGUCUCCUGAGCAUUAUUACUGCGCUGCCGAUAACAAAUGUUUGUCUGCCGCCGCACUCUGCAACGGUGUCGUCGAGUGCAGCACCCGAGAAGACGAAACUAAUUGUUCGGCCGUCUCCAAACACGGAUGCGAAUCCCACGAGUACGACUGCGGAGAUGGCAACUGCAUUCCUUCGUUAUUGGUGUGCAAUUUGCAGCACGAUUGCGUAGACGGAUCCGACGAACAAGGAUGCGUCAAUGUCACUUGCCGGCCAGGCGAAUUUGUUUGUGCCGAUAAUUCACGUUGCUUGCCGGCCAUGUGGCGGUGUGACGGGAGCGAGGAUUGCUCUGAUGGUUCUGAUGAAAAAGGAUGUGCAUCCAAGACUCCUACAUGUCUGCAUCCGUCCCGAUUGUGCGAUAAUCAAACAAGAUGCAUUGACCCCAGUAUGCUCUGCAAUGGCAAAACAGACUGCCGGGACGGCUCUGACGAAUCGGACCGAUGCGGAGAACAACUUUGUUCACAUGUCCACGACUGUAGCCACAUAUGUCAUAACGCUCCCGAAGGGGUCGUCUGCUCCUGCCCUACUGAAUCGGGAAUGACGCUUGGCAACGAUAGCAAAACUUGCUCCGUAUCUCAUCCGUGUGAACAAUGGGGUACUUGUUCCCAGCUGUGUAUACCGGUCAAAUCCAAACACCAUUGUUCCUGUUUGCCUGGUUACGAGAAACAACAAGAUGGCUUUACUUGCAAGAGCCUCGAUUCAUCGACACCCUACAUCAUCUUCAGCAAUCGACACGAAUUGCGAGGAAUCGAUUUGCAUACGCAUAACGUCAAGGCGCUUAUUUCCAGCUUGAAGAACACGAUCGCCCUGGAUUUCUAUCACAGCGCUGAAGCCGAUGUGAUUUUUUGGACCGAUGUAGUUGAUGACAAAAUUUAUCGAGGAACGCUCGUCGGAGGAUCCCUCACCAACAUCGAAGUUGUCGUCCAAACUGGACUGGCUACAGCCGAGGGUUUGGCCGUUGAUUGGAUUGGCGAGAACCUUUAUUGGGUCGAAAGCAAUCUCGACCAGAUCGAAGUGGCCAAACUCAACGGAAGCUUCCGGCGGACGCUGAUUGCCGGCAAUAUGGAAAGCCCGAGAGCUAUUGCCUUGGAUCCCCGUCAUGGUAUCCUGUUUUGGACAGAUUGGGAGUCGGGUCAACCGCGUAUCGAGUCGUGCAGCAUGAGUGGCGACGGCAGGAAAGUUGUCGUUCGGGUUGACUCCGUUUCAGAUGGAGCCUGGCCAAACGGCCUCACUCUUGAUUAUGCUGCUCAACGGAUCUAUUGGAUUGACGCCCGCUCUGAUUCAAUUCACACGGCCAAAUAUGAUGGAACAGAUCCACGAGAAAUCUUACGAGGGCACGAAACCCUUUCACAUCCGUUCGCCAUCGCCUUGUUUGAAAACCAUGUAUAUUGGACCGAUUGGCGGACGAAUUCCGUCAUCCGAGCAAACAAGUGGAACGGCACAGAUGUCACUGUGAUUCAGCGGACACUGACCCAGCCCUUCGACAUCCAGAUAUUGCAUCCCAGCCGUCAGCCAUCUGAUUUCGAAAAUCCGUGCGGCACAAAGAAUGGCAACUGUUCUCACUUGUGCUUAUUGAAUUUUAACAGCACUUAUCGCUGCCAUUGUCCACAUGUUAUGAAGCUGGCUGAAGACGGACGGAGUUGCAUUCGCAAUGAACGCGUUCUUCUCUUCUCGCGGCCGAACGAGAUUCGUGGAGUGGACUUGGACAACCCGUAUUACCACAUCAUUCCACCCAUCAGCCUUCCACAAGUGCUUCAGGCUGUUCAGCUGGAUUUUUAUGGCCAGGAGCGGCGAAUUUUCUGGGUUGAUGCCCAGCUGAAUGAGGUGAAACGGGUCGGACUGGUCGGUUCGCCCGUCGAGACGGUCAUCGAUACAGCCAUUAAGAAUCCGCAUGGUAUGGCCGUUGACUGGCUAUCUGGCAACCUCUUCUUCAGCUCCAACGACGGACUACGCAAUCACAUUUCUGUGUGCAGCCUGGACGGUGAAUUUGUGACUCGCAUCAUAGAAGACGUUUAUCAAGUAAGAUCGAUGGCCGUCGAUCCAACCCAAGGUAAACUUUUCUGGAGUGAGACGGAUCGGCCGGAACAACAAGAACAUGUCAUCUUCAUGGCCAACAUGGAUGGCAGUGAUCGCACGAUUUUGGCUAAGCUGACGGCCCAUCCAGAGGAUUCUCCCAAAAGCUUGAGCUUUGAUCUCAAAGAUAAUCGUCUCUACUGGAUCGAUUUCGAGACCCAAUCAAUCCAGUAUUACAAUUUCGCCAUUAAGCAAGUUGUCCAAUUGUCUCCCAGUCAGACAAGUCUCAAGUUGCCAACGGCUUUGGCCGUCUUGGGAGACCGGAUCUAUUGCGCCGAUAAGGACGAUGCGGCUAUUCAUGUCGUCGACAAGACUUCUGGUGCUCACGAAUCCAUUUUGCGUACCAACAUCGACAACGUGCUGGCACUCAAGAUUUACGAUCCUGAACUGCAAACAGGCACCAACGAGUGCGUUGCAAAAAAGAGUCAAUGCGCUCAUUUAUGUCUUCCCAUCGCUUCGUCAAAAUUCGUUUGCAAAUGCGCUGCCGGUUACGUGACAGAUCCAAAGAACCCGAAUGGCUGCGUCAGCGUUGACUCAUUCGUCUUGUACUCUCUCAACGGAGAAAUCAAAGGCGUGGCGCUAGGGGAGACGGCGAAUACCACGAACCACACGGAGGUCCUUGGUCCCAUUUCACGCAUUCAGAUGGCAAACAGUGUCGAUUUUCUGGCCUAUCAGGGCUAUAUCUAUUGGGUUGACAGCGACCACGGAAGCAUCGUCCGCAUUCGCCGAGAUGGAACUGGCCGUCAAAUCGUCGCACAAGGAUUAGAUUCGGUUGAAGGCUUGGCUAUAGAUUGGAUCGCCGGGAACAUGUACUGGACCAAUCCCAAAUUUGACGUCAUUGAAGUGGCUAAUGUCAAUGGAUCCUUUAAGUACGUGGUGGUAGCUGGCGAUAUGGACAAGCCUAUGUCGAUUGCUGUUGAUCCCGUGGUUGGCUUUCUCUUUUGGGCCGAUCGAGGUCGGACACCGAGGAUUGAACGAGUCCGACUAGACGGAUCUGAUCGUCGAAUUCUUGUCAACGAGUCAAUUUUUUUUACUACCGGACUGGCGCUCGAUUACCAGAACAAGAAAGUCUAUUGGUGCGAUUCCCGAUUGGACAUCAUCGAGCUUAUGGAUUACGACGGUAGCAAUCGUCGUGUACUGCUAGACAAAAGCCAUCUUGAAAAUCCGCAAGGCAUCUCUAUCUACCGUGAUCAGAUUUUCUGGAUUGACACGACGCAGGAUGGCGGGACGCUAAAUCGGGCUCCGACGUCCAACGUUUCCAAUUAUGAAGUGGUUCUAUCGCAACUAGGCGAAUCUCUCAAGGACGUCAAGGUGUACAGCAAGGAAAGGCAGGAAGGCACAAAUGCCUGUUCGGUUCGCAAUGGCGGCUGCAAGGAGCUCUGUCUGUUUAAUGGUUCCAGCGCUGUGUGUGCCUGCGCCCACGGUCAAGUCAGUGCCGACGGGCGGGCUUGUGAGGAAUUUGACGCUUUCGUUGUCUACUCGAGAAUGACUCGAAUAGAUUCGAUUCACAUUAGCGACGCUAACAAUUUUAACGCCCCGUUUCCCAGCAUCGAAUCCAAGGAGCAUAUCCGUAACGUCAUCGGUCUCGGUUACGACUACCAACGACGUUUGAUAUUUUAUUCCGACAUUCAGAGAGGCAGUAUCAACUCCGUAUACUUUAACGGGACGCGGCACAAGGUCAUCGCCGAAAAGCAAGGAAUGGUCGAAGGAUUGGCUUACGACAGCAAGGACGACUCGUUAUACUGGACUUGCAAUAGUGAUUCAACAAUUAGCAAAGCGGUUCUUAGCCAAAAGAACGCCACUGUUCAGAAAGUGGUCCGUUUGACAACUGAAGACAAACCGCGCGGGAUAGCUCUCGAUCCAUGCGACUCACGUGUUUAUUGGACCAACUGGAAUUCGCGCAAUCCUGGAAUCCAGCGAGCCUACUACACGGGAUUUGAUGUGCAGUCCAUCAUUACGACUGACAUUCGUAUGCCUAACGCCUUAGCGCUAGACUUGAUAGCCCAGAAACUGUAUUGGUCAGAUGCUCGAUUGGACAAGAUGGAACGAGCGGAUUUGGACGGUCAAAAUCGCGUCGUGUUGAGCAAAGUCUCGCCGCAACAUCCUUUCGAUAUUGCCGUCUAUGGCAACUACAUCUUUUGGACUGACUGGGUAUUGCAUGCUGUGCUACGGGCCAACAAGUACACGGGCGAAGACGUCGUCUGGCUCCGUAAAGAAGUCCCACGACCGAUGGGUAUCGUCGCUGUCCACAAUACCACUUACGACUGCAGUGCUAAUCCGUGCAGGGCUCUCAACGGUGGAUGUGAGGAUCUUUGUCGGCUAGAUGAAUACGGAAAGGUCUCCUGCCAAUGUUUCCCCGGGAGAACGGUACUGCGAUCGGAUCCUAGUCGUUGCGGAAGGCAAAGCACCAAUUGUUCGGCAUCAGAAUUCGAAUGUAGCAGCGGUAACUGCAUUCCAUUUCACUUCACAUGUGACGGUGUGGCUGAAUGCCCCGACUUUUCCGACGAAUUACCCACAUAUUGUCUCUUCCGCAAAUGUUUGCCCGGUUUCUUCCAGUGUCAAAACAGCAGAUGUGUGUUGCAAAAUGCCUCUUGCGACGGACAAAACGACUGUGGAGAUUUCAGUGAUGAGGCGAAUUGCACCUGCAACACUAGUCAAUUUCGAUGCACGUCCGGUCAUUGUAUAUCUAAUAGUUUUAGAUGUGACACAGAUCCCGAUUGUCCCGACGCUUCAGAUGAAAUGGGUUGUCCCCAACCUAACUGCACCUUAAGUAGAGGUGUCAAUGCUCCAGCUCAAAAAUUGCAAAAUUGUCGUAAUACGACAGCUUGCAUUCACCCGGCAUGGAUAUGUGAUGGCGCCAAUGAUUGCUGGGAUAAUUCGGACGAACUUAAUUGUACCAGCCCCGGAUCGGCGGCUGGGCCGUCUGGGGGUUCACCAGUUACAGAUGGCCAAUCUUGCCCGGCAUCAGCAUUCCAAUGCCGCAACGGAAAGUGUAUCACGCAUGCCUGGCUGUGCGAUCGCGAUGACGACUGCGAGGAUGCCACAAAUGGAACGCUGAGUUCGGACGAAAUCAACUGCGACUACACCUGUCGGCCCGACCAGUUCAAAUGCAAUAAUUCAGAUUGCAUUCCGUCCAUGUGGCGUUGCGACGGCACUGAAGAUUGCACUGACGGUUCUGAUGAAUCGGGUGAGUGCCAGACGAGGGUAUGCGGUGAAACGGAAUUCCGCUGUAAUGCCACCGGCCGAUGCAUACCCUCUUUGUGGGUAUGUGAUGGUGAUAUCGACUGUUCAGAAGAUGGGUCGGAUGAGAACCCAGCGGUCGGAUGUAGCUCGAACCUUUCGCCCGACAAAUCCCGGCCGGCUUGUCAUCAUAACGAAUUCCGCUGUCUCAAUCGCCGCUGCGUCCUCAAGUUGUUCUACUGUGACGGUGAUGACGAUUGUGGAGAUCUCAGUGACGAACCACCUUACUGCGCUCAUGUGAGCAAGCACCAUUGCCCGCCCAACGAAUUCCAAUGCCGCAACCGGAAAUGUAUCCCUCGAGCAAAGACAUGCGAUGGUCGCGACGAUUGCGACGACGGUUCCGACGAAGACGUCAUAUUUUGUUCGAUGCCGGCCAACACCAACGCCACAAAAGGAGAAUGUCUAGCAGGCCAAUUUCGUUGUGCCAAUCGGCUCUGUGUCAACUCUACGCUGCUGUGCGAUGGUCGAAACGAUUGUGGUGAUUACAGUGAUGAAAGCAAAUGCAACGUCAACGAGUGUGAGCCCAUUAAUCCAUGCCAACACACCUGUGUCGAUAAACCCGUCGGCUACGAAUGCCAAUGCAAUGCGGGUUUUAAACCAAACCCUAAAGACCAACACCUCUGCUCCGACAUAGACGAAUGCGCUCUGCAUCCUCGUCCAUGCUCUCAAGUAUGCCGCAACACAUUCGGCUCCUACGUUUGUUCCUGUUCUGCUGGGUACAUUUCGAUUCAUAACGGGAGCAGCUGCAAGACCGAUUCGAGCUUUGCCCCUACCGUCUUGUUCUCCAACCGCUACUACAUUCGUGAAGUGCACCUCCACAACCGCAUGGCUUCAGUUCGUGCCCACAACUUGACGAAUGCCGUUGCCCUUGACUACGAUUGGCUAGAACAAUGCCUCUACUGGUCAGACGUGACCGAGUACGGGUCGAGUCUUAAACGACUUUGCGGAAACGAUACAAGCCAGGACCAGCAACAGACCUUGCAUUCGGCCACCCUUCAAAAUCCUGACGGGUUAGCAGUCGACUGGGUAGGUCGCAACUUGUAUUGGUGCGACAAGAAGACGGACACGAUUGAAGUUUCUAAACUGGAUGGCAGAUUCCGUAAGAUCUUGCUGCACGAAGGACUACAAGAGCCACGGGCAAUCGCUUUGGACCCCAGUCAAGGCUAUCUGUACUGGACAGAUUGGGGUGACAAGGCGCACAUUGGCAAAGUUGGAUUGGAUGGUAGCCAACCACGGGUCAUAGUCAAUACAUCGCUUGGUUGGCCGAACGCGUUGGCCAUUUCCUACGAAACGAACGAAGUAUUUUGGGCGGACGCUCGUGAAGAUUAUAUCGCUGUCGCAGAUUUGGAAGGCCGCAAUCCUCGUAUUGUCCUCAGCCGUGGAGAAAACACCAACGCCCGUCUCCACCACAUUUUUGCCCUUACAGUCUUCGAAGAUUCCAUCUACUGGACGGACUGGGAGACGAAAUCUGUUGAGAAGUGCCACAAAUACAACGGUGGUGAUCGAGAAACAAUUAUAACGACAAUUCACAGACCCAUGGACAUUCAAGUGUACCAUCCGUUGCGGCAAAGGCCGUUAGAGAAAAACCCUUGCGAAAACAAUGGCAAUUGCACAACCUUAUGCCUACUGAAACCCGGCGGAGGUAGCCAGUGUGCUUGCCCUGAGAAUUUCAUCUUAGCCAGCGACGGGGUCUCGUGUCUCAAUAAUUGUUCGUCGUCGCAGUUUGUUUGCGCCACCACUUACAAGUGCAUUCCCUUCUGGUGGAAAUGCGAUACUCAGGACGAUUGUGGCGAUCGAUCGGACGAACCAGCCGAUUGUCCAGCCUUUACCUGUAUGCCCGGACAAUUCCAGUGUAGCAACGGCCACUGCAUUCACCCAUCGUUGCUCUGCAACGGCGAAUCAGAUUGUGGCGAUGGAUCGGACGAAACGAAAUGCGAGAAGCACACCUGUCUUAGUUCUCAAUUCAAGUGCCGAGGCAAUGGAACGCUGUCGGAUCGUUGCAUCGACUCUAAUCAACGCUGUGACGAUCAUGCCGAUUGUCCUUUGGGUGAAGACGAGAAAGAUUGCCCGCCCGUAACUUGUCCAUCCAAUCAGCAUCGCUGCGGCACCGACAGCAAGUGUAUUCCAGCUGUUUGGGUCUGCGACGCUGAUCAUGACUGUCCCGAUGGGUCUGACGAACCAGCCAAUUGCACUCAACGUGCUUGCCCCGACAACCAUUUCCGCUGUCGUUCCGGGCGUUGCAUACCUUCGACGUGGAAAUGCGACGGAGAUAAAGAUUGCCCUGAAGGUGAAGACGAACCUCCGUCUUGCACGAAUCCCGACAUCCACACUUGCGAACCAACUUAUUUCAAGUGUGAAAACAACAAGUGUAUUCCUGGUCGGUGGCGUUGCGAUUACGAUAACGAUUGUGGCGAUGGAUCGGACGAAAAGGGUUGCACCCCACGAAACUGCAGCGAAUCGGAAUUCCGUUGUGGCGACGGCCGUUGUAUCCGCGGAACGUUACACUGCAACGGUGAGUUCAACUGCGACGAUCGAAGCGACGAGGCUGACUGCAACACCACGUGCAGCGAAGGCGAAUUCCAGUGCGCCAAUCCCAAAUUCUGCAUCCAGGCGGAUUGGCGUUGCGAUGGUGACGUUGAUUGCGCCGACGGGUCCGAUGAAUUCCAUUGCAACACGACUUGCUCACCGGACGAUUUCGCCUGUGCCAAUGGAGAAUGUACAUCGCUCCUGUGGCGUUGCGAUGGCGAUAAUGAUUGCAGUGACGAGUCAGAUGAAUCCAGGGAAAUGUGUGCUCAUCUGGGUUGCCCUCCCGGCAAGUUUCGGUGUCGCAACUUCCUCUGCAUUCCCCAGACAGAAGUGUGCGACAAUUAUAAAGAUUGUAAAGACGGAUCCGAUGAAGAACCAGCCGUCUGUCAGGCACAAGGACUUUGUUUGCCGCAUCAAUUUCGAUGUCGAAGCGGCCAUUGCAUCAAUGGAUCAAUGGCUUGUGAUGGGUUCAACGAUUGCGGUGACGGCAGUGACGAAAUCAAUUGCCGCAGUCCGUCAGUCUGCAGCUUCGGCAGAUGCUCUCAGUUGUGCGUAGAGAAAAAGGGAGGUAACCACAGCUGCAUUUGCGCUCCUGGCUAUGCAGCCAUGUCAACAGGAGUAAGCAAACCGAAGACGUGCUUAGCUGAUGGCAACCCAAGUCAAUUACUGAUUGCCAGCGACAACAAACUGCGGCGGCUGAGCCCUUUCAAAGCUGGAGAUAUUUCCGAUUCCGUAUUCAGUCCUGGCAGUAUUCGUAUUGAAGCAGCCGAUGUAUAUUACAACGCAACAGAGGUCAUCGUUUUCUGGAGCAGUGCCCACAACAAGAGCAUCCAUCGCUACGACAUGGCCUCGUCGAUUCUGCAUGAGCUCUCCGCUUUGGACGAAGCCCCGCCCGCCAAGCGAAAUCGUCGAAGUAAAACGGAGACUCUUCUCACUGGAUUGGAGGAUCCAAGAGGUCUGGCAGUCGACUGGUUCGGUUUGAAUCUCUACUGGGUUGACGGGACACAGAAACUAGUUGGCGUCGUAAGCUUUGACGGUCUGCUGCGACGCCAUUUGAUCUCUAGUGAACUGGAUCAGCCUCAUGAUAUCGUAGUCGAUCCGCUAUCCGGUUCCAUGUUUUGGUCGGAUCUUGGUCUCAAUGCUCGUAUCGAAACAGCUCGGAUGGACGGCAGCUUGCGGCGCAUUCUAGUCGAUUCUGACAUCCUUUACCCAACUGGUCUGGCAAUUGAUUAUCCAGCUCGAAGACUUUACUGGGCUGAUCCCAAAACGGGAACUCUGGAAAGUACCAACCUGGAAGGCAAGGAUCGCGUGGUAGUGCGGCGGUUCCGCCUAUCAGUUGAGGACAAACCAUUUAAGGUUGACAUCUUUGAGGACACAAUAUUCAUGGUGAUGCAUCAAACUCAUGGAAUCGCUCGUAUUAACAAAUUCGGACAAGGUAAUCUAACAACGCUGGUGUCUGGAUUGAAUCGAGCGUCUGACAUUAUCGUCGUGCAAGAGAACAAACAAACGCAUCAAGUUAACAACCCUUGUAGCAACAAAUGUAAUCCAGGCGCAUUGUGUCUGCUCAACUCACCCACCAGCCGCACCUGUUCUUGCACCAUGUCGAUGACAUCGACUGUGGUGGGCUCCGAUGUGACUUGCCAACCGCCUGUUUGUGGUCUGGAUUGUAAUUCGGGCAAGUGUAUCAUCGACGAUCGGGGAAUGGCCAGCUGUAAAUGCCCUUCACUCUACGAGGGUGAUCGGUGUGAGCGCUAUCGCUGUUCCGGCUAUUGUCGCAACAAGGGCGUCUGUUAUCCAGAUUUGCUCGUAUCAGAUCCGCCGCCCUUGAAAUGUAGCUGCACCCCGGAGUGGACGGGAGAGCGGUGCGAAACGCGUGCGACAGCUUGCGAAGACCGUUGCCAGAACGGGGGCUCGUGCAUCCAAACGGCAAGUGGAACAUCGUGCUCGUGUCCACCUGGUUUCUCCGGCGAAUUUUGCGAAAAUUGCCCAUCACUAAAUUGUUUACACGGCGCUUUCUGUCGAGCCAUAGAGAAAGAAACGAAGAACAAAGAGAAAGAAAACCGUGACAAGAACAGCGAAAAUGACAAGGAGAGGAAGUUUGUCUGUUCGUGCCCGCCCGGAUUCUCUGGUGAACGAUGCGAGCGCUCCGAAUGUGAUGACUACUGCCCUCAGAGUGAAUGUACCAUGAGCGAAUUAGGAGUUCCGCAAUGUCUGUGCGCUCCUGGCUUUACUGGGAAGAAAUGCGACAAUGACGUCUGCGCCGAUUUCUGUUUAAACGGCGGCGAGUGCUUGCGUGGCGCGAAAAAGAUCACCUGUCACUGCCAUCAGGGUUAUACGGGCAAACGUUGCGAGACCCGUAUCGAAUGCGCCGAUCCAUCAGAAUGCAGCGGGGGGAAGUCAAACGCAACGUCCGUCGUCUGUAACGGUGUCGACUGCCUCAACGGUGGUACCUGUGUCCCUAUAAGAGGACAGGCUUUCUGCCGCUGUGCGGACGAUUGGGCGGGAAUGCACUGCGAAGAUUACCGAGGCGAUUACAAUGCUUGCAAAGCCAUGUGUAUUAAUGGCGGUGUUUGCGUCUCGACCAUGCCAUUGAGUGUACCACGUUGCGAAUGCUUGGCUGAUUGGACCGGACCGCGGUGCCAAUAUCGCAAAUCUUGCCUCAAUUAUUGCUUUAACGGAGGAACGUGUUCACUCAAUCCCGACGAAGAUCUCAAGCCCACUUGCCUUUGCCAAGAUGGGUUCUAUGGCGUACGCUGCCAGACGCUAGGCAGUGAUAUAAAUAAUUCCAGUAGUCCAUCAAGCAGCGGCAAAUCGUCAAUUAAUGGCACAGUUACCGCCAUCGUCGUUGUCUUGGUCAUCAUUGCCGUCCUGGUCGCGGCGGGCAUAGCAGCAGUAACCGUCAUGCGAAAGCGUCGAAGGGGAAAGCCUUUCAUGCACGUGAGAAUGCAAAGCCAAGAAAACGUGGAAAUCAGCAACCCUAUGUAUUUGAGAGAGGAUGCUGAUGAAGACGUAGAAUCUUUGGAUCCUACCUUUGUGAUCGCUAGCAAUAAGGCGACCAACUUUGCUAAUCCUGUCUACGAGUCGAUGUACAACGACGCGGCGGCGGGCAGUAGCGUCAACGAGGAAAAGAAAGGAUUACUUCACAGCGAACCGUCACAUCCCCUUGAGCCCCAUAAGAAUCAUCCUUUGGCCGAAAAUAGCGAAUCUUUUACCUAAAUAUUUUUUUAUUAUUAUUUUAUUUUUCAUACUCUCUCUGGCAGCCUUUGGAUUCGCCAACGACAAUGCCACCAUCCAAAUGUAUAGGCCAGCUUUGUUGAGCUGGAACCAGUUUGUGGCUGGUCACACCUGUCCAGAAGGGGAUGAUCUCCAUUAUUAAAAAUAAUUUGACCGUCAGGCUGACUGCGUUUCUGAUAGUUUUUUUUUUUUUUUCUUUUCGUUCAAAUUGCACGAUGUUCAAAGUUGUUGGCGCCAGUUGUGCUUCGUCAAUGAAGCUUUGGCGAUGUCGUCAGCUGCUCAAAACUAUACACUAAUUGUAUCAUAUCUUUUCGCGUAACUGGACAGCAAUUAUUUGGCCAAUGUGAUAUCUCUUUUGUCUAUUUCACGGAUGCUCUGCAGGCAGCUCGGGUGACAUUGGGCAAAACCAAGUGGAACUUUACUCAUCCUUUUUACCAGACACUUUUUUAAAAAUUUAUCAUUUUCCCUUUGAUUUGAUUUUGUUUUCAAGUGCAAGCAAAAGCAAACAGGCUUUCAUGGAUUAUUUGGUCCAUUUACCUUGUUUUCGGAAUGUAACAUGACAUGUUUUGAGUUGAGCGAGUUCCGUAAACAGUUGUGUUUGUAGUUCUUGAUCAUCUCCUUGUAAUCAUGCUCUCUGGAUUUAUACAACUUUGUACCGAUCAAUACACAAACAAACAAACAAA